AUGGUAUACUUUACUUACUCCCCCCCCCCCUCCGUGAGCGAACAAAAAAAUUUUGUUCGCUCACGGAGGGGGGUUAAUUUUUUUUUUUUUAAAAAAAAUUUAUAUAUAAAUUUUAUAAAAAAUAUUUUUUUUCGAAAUUUAAAAAAUCCUAAUUUGCAAAAAUUGGGAAGCAAAUAUUAAUUUAAUUUGCAAAAUUUAUGUUUUAAAACGCAAUUUGUUUAAAAUUAAACAGAAUUAGCUCUAGAUUUCAUUAUACUAAUUAUCACUUAUAUAUCAAAAUUUUUUUCCAUUAAAAUUUUUUCUAUUAAAAAAAAUUUUUGUUCACUCACGGAGGGUGGGUUUUUGGUCAAAAAAUGGCGAUUUUUCUAAUGGUUUUGUUUCGCUCACGGAGGGGGGGGGGGGAGUUAGUAUGAUUUAAAGAACCGAAGGAUUUUCCUCAAAAGAUCUCAAUAUCCCAAUCUCACUCUCGAAGAUCUCUAUUUAGGAGCAGCAAUUUCUAUAUACUCAAGGCAGCUUAAAGUGGUAGAAUAUGGUGACAAUUUCACGAAAAGCCACUUUGAAAACCAGAGAGAGCGGACAUUUGCAAUGAUAAAGCCGGACUGUUACAAUCAUAUUGGGAAAAUCAUUGACAGGAUUAUACAAGAAGGUUUUAAGAUCACUAAUAUCAAGAUGCAUCGAUUUACUGUAAACCAAGCAAGGCAGCUUUAUUCAGAGCACGAUGGAAAACAGUUUUUUCAAGAUUUAGUCAAUUUUAUUAGCAGUGAUAUCUCAGUUGGGAUGGAGCUGAUUGCAGGAAACGCUAUUUCAAAGUGAAAAGAUAUUAUAGGCCCAGCAAAUUCGCACACUGCAAGAGUGGAUGCUCCUCAAAGUAUAAGAGCAGCUUAUGGCUCUGAUGGCGCAAGAAACGCUGUCCAUGGCAGCGAGUCAGCUGACAGAGCUGCCAGAGAAAUUGACUAUUUCUUUAGCUUACCUGGCAAUACAGCUACUUAUAGCAAUUGCACAUGCUGUGUAAUUAAGCCUCAUGCAUUGACUAAUGCAGGAAGAAUUAUUGAUAUGAUUAUUAGCGAAGGGUUUGAAAUUUCUGCACUGCAAAUGUUUAAUUUGGAUAAGCCAAACGCUGAAGAAUUUCUAGAUGUUUAUAAAGGUGUUUUACCUGAAUUUAGUGGGAUAGUUGAGCAUUUUACAUCAGGACCUUGUAUAGCUAUGGAAAUAAGGCAAGAAAAUCCGGUGGAAAGCUUUAGGGAAAUUUGUGGACCUUUGGAUCCUGAUGUAGCAAGAAGUUCUAAACCACGGUCUAUAAGAGCAAUAUUUGGAAUUGAUAGAAUCCAAAAUGCUGUUCACUGCACAGAUUUACCAGAAGAUGGGCUGAUGGAAAGUGAGUAUUUUUUUAGAAUUUUGUCGAAAAACUAA